AUGGACGUGGCAGCCACCGGAGUAUCAAUCUUUGUUCCAAGACCUACUAACGGAUCUCGCCUUCUUCACUUUCCUACUUCUAAGCUAUUAUGCACUUCCAAGCAAGUUCAUACCCAUGGGAGACUCUCUCUUGGAAUUUCUAGUAGAAGGAGAACAAGAGGAUUUGUAGUUAGAGCAACAACAUCCGACCACAACAACAACAACAAAAUUGCACCUCUUCACUUCCAGUCCCCAAUCGGACAGUUUCUUUCUCAGAUCUUGAUCAAUCACCCCCAUCUUAUGCCUGCUGCCGUCGAUCAGCAGCUUAACCAACUCCAAUCUGACCGCGACGCCGAUCCUGCUCAUACUACCUCCACCGAUCUUGUUUUGUACAGGAGAAUUGCUGAGGUGAAGGCUAAUGAAAGGAGGACAGCUUUGGAAGAGAUCUUGUACUCAUUGGUUGUGCAGAAGUUCAUGGAUGCUAAUAUUUCUUUGAUACCGCAAGAUCUAUCUGCUACACUAGAUUCAUGGGCAAAUGAAGUUGGGAAACUUGAGAACCUUCACUCUCAAGAAGCAUAUGAGAUGAUCCAAAACCACUUGGCUCUAAUUUUGGGUAACAGAGCUGGAGAUUUAUCAUCUGUUGCUCAAAUCAGUAAACUCAGGGUGGGUCAGGUCUAUGCAGCAUCAGUCAUGUAUGGUUACUUUCUUAAGCGAGUUGACGAAAGGUUCCAACUCGAGAAGUCCAUCAAUGUUCUUCCAAAUGUACCACAACAGAGUGCUGAUCAUCAAACUAUCAUGGAUGAUGUAAGACCUGCUACUCAAGUCGGCGAUGCCAGUCCUGGUGGAUUUGGCUAUGGUAUAAAGCCCACCAGGUUGCGUAAUUAUGUCAUGUCCUUUGACGCUGAUACUCUCCAGAGAUAUGCGACAAUAAGAUCUAAGGAGGCUGUGAGCAUCAUUGAGAAGCACACAGAGGCAUUGUUUGGAAGACCUGAAAUGGUUAUAACACCUGAGGGAGCAGUUGAUUAUUCAAAGGAUGAAAACAUCAAAAUUAGCUUUGGGGGUUUAAGGAGACUUGUUUUAGAAGCUGUGACUUUUGGUUGUUUUCUCUGGGAUGUUGAGGGCUACGUGGAUUCGAGGUAUCAUUUUGUCUUUAAUUGA